AUGGCCCCUUCACGAGUCACAUACCGUCGCCGGAACCCUUACAACACCACGUCGAACCUGACGCGGGUUGUCAAGACUCCCGGCGGCUCGCUCCGUGUCCUCCACAUCAAGAAGCGCGGCACUGCCCCCAAGUGCGGCGACUGCGGCAUCAAGCUCCCCGGUAUCCCCGCUCUUCGCCCUCAUGAGUACGCCCAGAUCUCCCACCCCAAGAAGACCGUCCAGCGCGCGUACGGUGGCUCGAGGUGCGGCAACUGCGUCCGGGACCGCGUCGUCCGGGCGUUCCUUAUCGAGGAGCAGAAGAUUGUCAAGAAGGUGCUGAAGGAGCAGAGCCAGGCCGAGAAGAAGAAAUAA